AUGCGUUACCAAUUCGUCUCUGCCGCCAUCUUGGCCUCCAUCUCAUCCGUCUUUGCCCAAACCGCUGGCUUCGACGCUAUCUCGGUACCAACCAACGGCCAAGCUGUCAGUGUUGGAGAUGUGUUGGACAUUACCUGGGCUGCGAAUGCUCUUUCCGGGACUGUUACGAUCAAACUCUUAGAGGGUGCUUCUCCAUCUACCUUGAGCUAUGACCCUGUCGUCAUUGCGACCUCCAUCAACAACUUGGAUGGUCAAUACAAGUGGACCGUCCCAGUCUCCGUUGGCAGCUUCGCAACCUACGGAAUUGCCAUUUUCCUCGAUUCCGAUGCCAGCACGUUCCAAUGGUCCUUCCCAUUCGUGAUCAAUGCCGCUGCCCCAUCCUCCUCUUCUGUUAUCGUCUCCACCACCGCCUCAUCAUCAGUUGUCGCAUCUAAAUCCGCCGUAUCCUCUGUUGCGACCGAACCACAUGCUACAAUCUCCUCCACCGCUGUAGUUGCCUCUAGCAUUUCCAGUGUUUCAAGCUCCUCCUUCAGCACGGUGACAACUGCUAUCGCCACACCUGCUAUCGCCACACUUGCUCCAGCUACCACUGUCGCUCCAACUACCACAAGCCACGUUGCCCCAUCCACCAAUGGAACGGCCGCCAACGGAACCUACACUGCACCUUCCGGAUCCAAUGUCACCUUAAGCACCAGUGCUUCUGCGACAAAGACUGGUUCCGGCAUCGUUACAGCCACUGGCAAUGCUGCCUCAAGCAACAUGGCCACUGGUUCGUUCGCCUUGUUGAGUGGUCUCUUCGCUGCUUUCAUCUUGUAA